CGAAAGGACAGAGGAAACUAUGCUGGACUUUUGUUGACGCUGUUAUUCGCCGCAACUUAAAAAAUGUCGUCUGAUGCAACCUCAAAGCUACUAGAAAUUCAAUCCAACUAUGAACGCAGUUUCAACUGUUUGGUUUGCCUAACGCCGAAGCUGCGAAUGGUCUAUGGGAGCUGUCAGCACAGAAUCUGUGAGCAAUGUCUCUAUUCAGACGAAGGUGAGAGAAGACCUGGCAUGGAGAAGUGCCCAUAUUGUCAAAGAGAGGAAUCUUUUCCUAUACAAAGGCCUGACAUCCCAGAGGACAACAUACACCAACAGAAGUGUCUAGGCAUCUCAAGGUGUCCUGACAGGAACUGUAACCUGGAGAUGUGGGUAUGGGAGCUGUCAGAACAUGAACAAGAAUGCCAUGCGCAGACUCCUGAUAAAAGUGAAGAUGUGAAAAGAUUACGUGGGGCAGAUAAAAGAUUGAGGUCACUGGAAACAUCUGACAAACCAUUUUCUCAAGUCCACAAAUCGAGACGAAGAGCCCACCAAAUAAAAACUGAAGCUGGAGCCCAAAGACAACAUCGAAGGUGCUAUUCAAGCUCGUUUACUCAUUUCUUCAAGUGAGGAGCUGUUCAAUUCACUGACAAAUAUCAUCAUUUUAUAAACAAGUAUUUUGAAAUUUGUUUUAAAUAACCAGUACAUUUCAGGACUUUUUGCUCGAUCAAGGGCUGUAGUAAGUCAUUUGCUAAUUGUUUGAUUAGAUUCUCAUGACCUUGGCUUUAGUGAAGCUAAAUGCUGUUUGCUAUAAUCAUUGAUGAUUUACAUAUUUUUUACUACCUUUCAGUCUAAUUACAAACAAUAACAGAUCAUUAUAGAUGUCUCAUGAUUUCAGAUAUCAUAUAUUAGAAACAGCAGAUUAUUCUGGGUAAAAAUUGGCCAGUAAAAAACAAUUUGAACAAAUUUGUCAGGAAAAAAAAAAGAGUUUAGCCAUUCUCCGCUUUUAAUUUCUGAAGGAUUUCAAUUGCUUAUACCACUUUCUUUCUCCUUUGUCAUUGAUCAGAAUUAUCAUAAGAACUCCAAUCAAAACACACUCACAGAAUUGAAUCCAUGAAACUGUUCAGAAUUUUAAAAAUUGGGAUGUCCAGUAGCAGUUCCACCUACACAAAAGUGGCAUAGAACGUGGUAGCAGGAAAUUGGAGAAAAAGUUGCAAAAUCUAACAUAGAAUAUGUUAAUAGGAUAUACGAGUUUAACAGAUGGCAGAAACUAUGGGCGAAUUGUGUUUGUGCUUUAUUUGUUAUAAUCUAAUGUGAUGGAGAUGUGAGAUUUGCUACAUGCCAUAUGGUAUAUGUGGAGUUUGAGCAGAUGAGAGCUCCUGUGAUGUGAUGCUGACUAAAUCAGACGAUUUCACUUAAAUACCUGUUAACAUUGACCUGAGAACAAAAGUGAUAACAUAGCAACCAGGGGUAAGUACACCAGGGCAACAGGAAUGAGCUGGAAUAUAAACAGUUGACUUGUCCCCAAUUCUAGGAAGAGUUACCCUGGUAUGUCACUUUUUUUUUUUUUUUUAAAAGCUAAAUAGUAAAAACCAUGCAUUAUUAAUUCUGGGAAAAGAUUUAACGUGCGCAGGUCUUGAGAAUCUAACAACUAAUUAACACACAGCUAAUUAUCUACAUUUUAGCUGGUUUUAGUCGUAAACUUUGUCAGUUUGAGCCCACAUUGUGCUAUAACUACUUGUAUUCAGUAACCCCUGAAUGUGACUUUUUCUUGGGAGUGCCUGUUUCUGCGGAUAUUUAUUGAAAUCAGCUCUUUGGAUGUCUAUUCAUUAAUAUCAGAUUCACCUGGAUAUUUGACCAUUUUUCACAAUAUUUUGUUUUUGUUUUUUGAAGAUGUUGUAGUGAACAAGUGGUUCUGUUUUUAUGUAUUUAUUUUGUUCUCUUUUCGUAUUUAUUUUAUUUCCAUGGUCUGUUUUAUCCUUAGCAAUAUAAAGCAUAUAAUAAUACUAAAAGAAAUUCUUGAAUGUGUGUGAUGGGAGGUACUUGUAGUUGACUACAAUGUGCCAAGUUCAUCAAGGUGGAAUAAGUGUUAAAAGUCAUACAAGCUCUAUAAGUUUUGUCUUUUUACAUUUGUGAAUAUGUACAUAUGUUUUCUGUAUAUUUAUUAGUGUUAUAGUUGUUAUAAAACAGUGUACUAUGUACAUAUCUUUUGCCUGAAAGGGUUGAUCUUGAGCCUUUCUUCAGAACUAUAAGUAACUAUAUGUAAGUAUUUUACAUAUCAAGAAUUGUUACAAGUGAAGAGAGAGACAAAUACAAAACCAUAGGGUCCCAGGCCUGUUAUCCCCAUGACAUCCUAUGCUUUGAGAAUGAUACAGUGCUGCUGGGACUUCUAUAAGGGCUGAUGUGCCUAACCAGUUAAGCCUUAAAUUGGAAACAUAUUUAUAUGUACCAUGCUUACAGAGAAAGCUGGGGUCAACUUUCCACAUUUACUUCUACAUGUACUUGUUUAUCCAAUUGUAACUUCAGGAUGUUGAUUUGUUUAGAGUGUUAUACAGGUAUUACUUCUAUAAAAAAAGUCAGAUUAUUUAUCUUUCUUGUAGUCUUUUAUCAUGUGCAAUUACAAGUUAUAUUCUGUCGGUAUUAUCUUUUUUGGACAGAGAGUAUCAUAGCCUUGGUGGUUGUACUCGUUCUCCUGUUAAAACAGCCCACAAUUAACUUAUUAGCAUAAUCUAGUUAGUUCCUCUCUCAUUUUUGAUUGGUCUUUACUGCCAAUAUAUUCAGUGGAUAAUGCUCCUGGCUGUUUGCACGGUUUAAACUUAGUUGGGGAGGUUUUGUUUCUACUUAUUAAACUGAAACAUUUCAGUGGAAAUUUUGGAGCAUGUAUGUCACCCAAAAAAUUCCACUUCCACUGUUUAACAUAAAAUUGUUUGUAAGUUUUGCGUAAAAGGACAAAAUUGUGAGGUAGUUUUUGCUCUUAUUCAUCCCAGUUUGUUUCGGAUUACUUUCUUCUUGUUCAUCCCAGUGUGCUGAUGACUUCUGCACAAGGUCAACUUCUCUACAUAUGUUUUUUUUGUUUCCUGGUUGACACUGUUUCUGUGUUACCGGUAGUUAUGAAUAUUAAUGUAUACACACGUCCAAGUCGACCAAUGAAAAUUUGCCCUCUUUCUGGUUCAUACAGAGAGUUGUUAUAUAACUAAUGCUGAUUACAUUAUAUCACUUUCUACUCUUAUCAGAAAAACAGGUGUAUUUAAUGGAGGGUAUAAACUGAGAGGUUAGAACAGUACGUCAUGGAGAGAUUAGCCUGUUGUUUACUUUCACCAAAGCAGAUCUAUUGUCUGGUGACUUUGUAAGUGAUUUUCUAAGAUAAACCUGUUGUAAGGAGUUACUGUUUGCAAAAGAAAAAAAAAAAAAAUGUACAUGCAUUUACUAAGUUUUGCUGAACAGCCAUACAGGUAACUUUAGUUUUGUAUUCUUGCAUACUUAAAUACAUUGGCCCAUGAAAAAUCACGGACUUGUUCUUAUUACCAAUACACUUGUUUUUGAUUUUUGGUUUCAUUUCUGAAGCAGGUAUUGCUUCCUCUUUUUCCCAUUGCUGUACAUGAAUGCACAGAAAAGGAUUUUCAUCAGUGGGAAUUCAUAUUGCCUGUUUCUGGUUCUUGUUGAUGCACAUGUACAAAGAGUUAAUGCUGUUCAGUUAUUCCUGGCUGUCAAUUAAAUGAAUGCACAAAGUUGAUAUUCUACUACA